AUGCCCCAGCAUGCAUUUUCCUCCUGCUUUGCUGAUGUGGCCCUGGGGGUCAAACUGUCUCCAGAAACCACAUCCUUCCACUAUAGGGCUACUUCUGCUCAGCCGCUUUCCCUUUAUCAUUCUUCACCCCACCAAGGCACCAUAGCUCAUUUUAACAGCACGGGCUCUCCUCAAACAACACCCACAAGCCACAGAACAACUGUGCAGGCAACAGACCAGCGUCAGGUAACAAGUGCACCAGACCAUCACACGACAGCGCAGGCAGGAGCGACCACCAUACAAGUGACCAGCCAGAAAUCUCCCAUGGUGGUAUCCACGACAUCAGCAGACAACACAACUGAAGCUGGUAAGGCUACAACCCAGGCAACGGAAACACUUACAGCUGCAGUGAAGAACGCAACUGUACAGCCCAUGUCCUCAACCAGGCAAGGCAGAACACAUGUGAGCACAGAAAUGAAAGCAACCACAAACACAACUGUAAAGCAUACAAUGCCAAACACACAAACGACAGCUGCUGCCAUAACUACUACAGCGACCUCCAUGCAAACUGCAAAGCCCACCACAGGGUCAGGAAAUCAAACAACAGUGCCUAAAAGUCCAACAGCUACAGCCGUGACCAACACAACAACCAUUCGUCCCGGGACCCAAACAACUGUCCCAUCUACUACGAUGACAGUGAGACCCACUCUUGCACCACAGCCUUCUCCCAUCCCCACUGGCACAUACGCCAUUUCCAGUGGGAACAGGACCUGCAUCAAAAUGGUCAUGGGUUUGCAACUGAUGGCUCAAAACACACAGAAGAAGCGGAUGGAGUACCUGGCUGUCAACCCCAAUGCGACACAGACAUCUGGCAGCUGUGGGAUGGUGCAGUCUGAGCUGAACAUAACUUUUGGUGGAGGGUUUAUAAACUUCAACUUUGUAAAGCAAGCUCCAAUGUACUAUGUCAGUCAAAUUGAGACCAGAUUACAGUUAUCUUCUGAAGGUAUGCUUUACUAUGCAGUCAUACAUGAGAAGCUGUUUACAACAAAGCUGGGGAAUUCCUUUAAGUGUGCCAGCAAGCAAACCUUUGGCUUGGAGAGGAACUUCCAGCUACUCUUUGUUAAUAUGCAGCUGCAGGCAUUUGAUAUUGUCGGUAACCAGUUUGGAAAAGAAGAAGAAUGUUUUCCUGAUAAAAACAGCAAAGCAGCUCCCAUCGUGGUGGGCCUGAGUAUCCUGGCAUUGUUUGUCAUUGUGUAUGCCACAUUCCUGAUUUCCAGAAGAAAGCCGCAUAGAGGAUAUGAACGUAUCUGAGGUGCCCUUGUCCUUCCAAAUGUGUGUAGCGAGUAGAGGAAUCAAAGGAGUUUUAGCUUAUACCUGGUAAUCUUAUCGCCCUGAAGCCGUAUUUUUAAGUGGGAUGACGCCAUGUGUUUAAAGCUAAUGAAUAUUUCUGGAAGUGAUUUCUUUAGGGUGGGAAGGAGAGAACUCACACCAUCUACCUUAGCCUACUAUUAGCAUCUAAUUUAGAUGUAGUCCAGAGGACCAAAGUGAGGAGCGAGCCUAAACUCUUUCUAUUAUCAACAAAGGAGGCAAUUCAGACCACCGAAGUCAGAUGCCUAAAAAUAGCUUAAAGAGGGCAGUAUCACUAUUUGCCCAGAAAAAUCCAGCAGGUUUCCUAAAGAUGACACCAGAUUUAUCAUAAUAGAUGAGUCCAGUGAUAUGACCUUCAAGGGAAUAAACCAGAGGUCCACAGCUACAGGUAACCCUGUUAAAUCAGAGCUCAGUGAAAGCCUUGUGGGAACAUUGUGUAUGCUGAAGUGUCAGGGCAAGUGUAAGUGUGGCUUCCAUGCAUAAGCAAGUUCUCACCCAGGGUUGCAUUUCACAAGUUCUUGUUUUUUCCUACUAAGCCUGUCAGAAGAACACAGUGAUAAUAUGCGACUCUCACUCUGUAGGCAGUAUUUUUAGAAAAUUUUCUAGUUUCCAGUGAUUGUAUAUGCAAAUAAGAGAAGAUUACCCAAUUACGGUUAUACAGGGUCUGCCUGACCAGUAUGUGCCAAAAUUAUUGCUCGUCAUUGCUUGCCUCAGCCCUGACGCAAAGAUGUCUGAGCUUUUUGCCGAUAGUUCUUGAACUGCAGCCUCAUAAAGCACAGCACAUUUGUGCAAUCUGACGUUGGUAAGUUUAUCCUGAAGUGCUAGGUUGCAAACUGCACGAUUCAGGAGCUGAUUGACAGGCAGCUGAGAUGUCUGUGCAGCAGAACUGGGCAGGCUUUUGGAGGCAGUAACGCCAUCCACCUGCCACACCAGGCCAAGCCAUCCCACUUGUUGAUUGGCACUCAAGGCACAGACUCCCUUUGCCACGUGUUUGAAACACUAUGUGGAGAAAACUAACAUGAGGGUCUGAAAGCACUGCGACAUGUGAGCCGGUGCUAACGAUGCCAGUGCAAUAGAUGGGGAGUGGGGUGAAUUUGCUUGAUAAAUUCCAGAAGCCUAAUAUUUUGUGGUCUUGCGAGGGCUCAUGAAUCACCCACUUCCUAUUCAGACAUGGACCUGUUACAGUGACUGCCGCUGAACUCAAUAACUGUCCCUCUACUGAGGUGGCAGCACUGUGAUUGCUCUUAAUCUGGGAAGGUACCACACUCACUGAAAAUGCCAGGGAUUUAGUGGCCACGAUUGUGGCAGACCUGCACGAGGUCUGUGAGAAAAUGGAAAUCCACUGACGCUGUAUGUUCAAGGCUUCUGAGGGAACUAAAAGCUUGCACAGGCCUUGGACAAACUCGCUGCCCAAAAGUGAAUGCUAUCCAGGGUGGUUGCAGCUGAGCAGCUGGGUUUUCAUAUGGAAAUAAUCUGGAGUUGCUUAAAAGCACACUAACUGUAACACUGUAGUCUGUUCCCUGCCAAGCCAAUGAUGAAGGUGUGAAAGUGGUUAAUUGCUUUUGAGAUUAAGUUCAAGCUAAUGUUCUCUGUUGCAACGAGGAAAAACUCAUCACAAAAGAUUUACAAAGCUAAACAUGCACAAAUGUGCACGUACACCACAUACAAAUCUGUUCACUGAGGCAAAUGACAUCAGAAUGAUAAGAAAUUAUAUACAAAAACAUUUACAAAAGAGAAAAUGCUACUAAAUAAGAGCACACUUACCCCUUAGGAAUUAGGGUAAUGACUUAAAUUCUACCAAUAGAAGUUUUGCCUGGAAAAGGACUGUGGAAUUGCACCCAUUAAAGAAAAGAAAGGCUGAAGUAAUCUGCAAAAAUUCCUUGUUCUUAGUUUAAUCCAGAUCUAAACAAAAUCAAAAUGCUGGCAGAAAAUUUAAUUUCCAUUAAUAAUGGCCCAAAUCCUGAGCAAUUAUUAAUGGUGACAGAACCUCACUAGAUUUUCACUGGGUAAAACUGAUGAUAAAAUAUUGUGACUUUAAUUUCCCUUAAGUAUUUUUAAAAUAGUUUUGAUAUUCACUUAUUUAAACCAAGAAUGAAAAGAAAUCCUUCCAUUCUAUGAAGAAGAUGCUCAUCUGUGUCAAGUAGAAACAUGGUCAUACCAUUCCAUAAUUGACAUCAUACAUAGCUGGGGAAGUAAUUAACAGUCUCCAGAAAUGUCCCCUUUGAGUCUGACUGAACCAAUAGAUAAGAAAGAUAAAGACAAUUUUGAAGCACUUUUUUGCGUGGAGAAACAUAAGACAGAAGUCAGAACCAGCUAUGAGCAGGGGAGGCAGUUGAAUACAAUUGUAAGGUAAAGUAGCACAAGAGACAGAACAGCAAACUUUCAAACCUCUAAUAGAGGUAUAGUGAUUUGAACAGUGUUCAGCUGAAUGCUCAAACUAAAAUUUGGGUGUUUCGAUUAUUACUUUGUAAAAGGCUCCAGCACUGCUAAUAUUGCUUAAUGAACUUUAUUUUCACCCUUCCUCCUUCCCCCCUGGUUAGUGGAUGAGCAGUCCACUGAACUCAGUGGCAUUGUUCAUGCCCGUGGAUUAACAAGAUCCCUCUAGUUCUCAGGGUUAGUUAAUGCUAUUAACCUGUUCUUUAGAAAGCAGAUUUUUAUACUUCAUUAAAGCAAUCUAAUUUUUUUAAAACAAGAGAAUUGAUGAGUUGUCCAGCAGGAAAGGUAAAUAUAUGGAAGCACUUCCAUUCAAAAAUGAGCCUAAGUUUGUGACAGUGAUGUUAUUGUCCCAAACUGUUACGUGUCGACAUUUUAACGACACUGCCUGAAAAGCUCAUCCAUGCACAUGAUCUGACCCUGAGCCGUUCUGACUUGAUCACUGCUACUGGUCAACAGACAUCUUUCCCGUUCAAAACUUAGUCUCACAUGCUUUUUGGAUUGUUGGGUUGCAUGAGCUGUACGGGUUGUUACUUCUGUGGAUAUAGCAUUUUCUUGUUACAUUCUAUACAGAAAAAAUAUCUUUUUCUUAAUAUUCAGUCUUUUAACGUUUGAUAUCAACAUGAGGAGAGAAAACUGUUCUUAAUGACUGAUAAAUCGGUGUUUAAUCUUGUGACGCCCUCUGGCAAUUUUACUGAUGCUGCAAAGUUAAUGUUUCACACACACACACACUUUUUUCUUUCUACAGUGAAUCAAACUGUUGUACUGGACAAUGUUUGGAUUCAAGUUUACCUGGUUUGUUCUUAUGCUUUUUAUUGCUAUUAUUUGUUUGCUAUUUUUAUGAAGCUGCAUACUGCUCUUUCUACAUGAAUAACAACUCUGGGCUUGCUCCAAAUGGCACUUGUGAAGUGCACAUGGCACAAACCAGUGAAACAGUUGGAGGCUCCCAUGAAAUGCUGCCAAACUGAAUCCACUGGAGUUAGUACUUUACAGUAGCAGAGGAUCCACUGGAGAACUCCUUACUGCACCAGGAGAUCCCAGCCCCUAACCUUCUGCCACCUGCAGCCCAGCCUGCACGCCAUCGCCUCCUUCCCUGACCACAGCUCACACAAACAGCCUGCAGCAGGGAUGCAUGAUAGCAUGCCAGCAUAGCAGGGAGUGUUGACUCUCUGAAUUUAAUGUUGAGUUAGAAUUAGACAGCCGAGCUACUCCCUGAGCUGCCAUGUGCAGCUUUUAAAGCUGAUGCCUGUAUUUAUUUUCUGUCAGAAUUUAGGUAGAUAUUUGGCUGGCACUUUUUUAUCUCAUGGAGCUUUGAGGUCCUCCUCCUAGUGUGAAGACUCUAUAGGUGUAAUUAGUCUUGGCUGCCAGGCUUUCUCUUUUAACCAUCUUGUCUGAGGAAACAUUUUGAGCACAAAAAGUCCCUAAAGGAGCACCAGACAAAUCAGAGCCUCUUAACAAACUGCAUGCCAGGUGGGCCAUAAUUAUACCACGGGCAGCAGCGCACAGUUUCUUUGUUUCCUGUCAGUAGGGAGGUAAAUGGAAACAGUAUUUUCUAACCUUGCAGAUUGCUUCCCUUCAGGGCUGCUCUUUGCCAUAGUCAGACUCUUGUUCAGCAACUUGCUCACUGCUUGGGACAGGGGUUUACCAACCAACCUGUCCUAAAAAUCUGCAUGCUAAAAACCUUCAUAUAGUCGGCAGGAGCCCAUGUACCCAGAGAGCUGAGAGAAGAGCACAGUCUGCUGUGGGAGGGGGCAAGGUUGCAGCUGGCUCUCAGAGUGACCAGCAAUGUUGGUCUCAGCAGCCCCAGCUCACUUUUUCCCCCACUGCAGCUCAGAUGAACCCAUCCCUGAAUCAAAAGAUAAUGAUCAUGAUAACAUGACACAUCCCAUCAGGGAAGCUAUGCUUAACUUGCUUGCAAGCAUGUGCUGGUCAGGAUACAGUGGGCUACUCGUAGAAAUUAGGAGGUGAGCACAUCCCUACAGCUCCCUGAGGCUCUGCUGCAGUUCUCACCCCAGACCAUUCACUAUGGUCUCUUGCAACCCAAGGUAGACAAAGGGCAUUCCAUGAGUAUGAUGAUGUCAUACUUAGCCAAAUCGCCAAGGAGUUUAAUCACCAAGGAUUAGUUAAUUAAAGCGAGAGUUAAUUUUUUUCAAUCCUUUUUUGCUUCCUGAUGGACAAAAGGUCCACAUUAAACAACAGCUGUCAAUUCUGGUUGAAAGAGGAAGAGAGAUAUAGACUAGCUUCUUGUGUAUCUGCAAUAGCGUGGCCAGCAGGAGCCGGGCAGGGAUGGGGCCCCUGUGCUCGGCCCUGGGGAGGCCCCACCUCGAAUGCUGGGCUCAGGUUUGGGCCCCUCGGGACAAGAAGGGCCUUGAGGGGCUGGAGCGUGUCCAGAGAAGGGCAGCGGGGCUGGGGCAGGGUCUGGAGCACAAGUGUGCUGGGGGGCGGCUGAGGGGGCUGGAGGGGUUUAGCCUGGAGAAGGGGGGG